GCCCAUUGGAACCACUUGGUCUCCACCUCGCAUCACUGCACACUGCAGUCCGCGUUCUGGCAAUCAUGGGUUUUUGGUUCUCACACAAGCUCACUCGUCAUGUCGGUGUCAGUAACGACAAUGUGGCCCGUGCAGUAAUGAAGGAACGAACCUUACUCUCUUUUAACAAAAAGUAUCCGGCUCUUGAUACCUCCGGGGCUGAUCUUGCUCGUUUAUUAGCAUCCGAGAGCCUUGCUACUCGUGAAUGGGUAUCGGCGGCUCUACGUAGUAACACGGGUCAUGAUAAGAUGCUUGCGGCGGCCUACUUGAUUAACCUGCGUCCCUUGCAGAGUUUACGCUUUUUGGACAACCUUAUCUCACUUGUAAAUCCUGCUAAGAGGCGAAUCUGCGUCCGCGCAAUGGAUAUCAUAUCUCAGUUGUUUCAGCGAUCGUUGUUACCCAAAGACCGGGUGUUACAUCCAUUCAGCUCGCGCCCAACUGAUCUGACCGGCAUCUCCAAUGACAGUGCAACUGUGGAGGAAGCUUUGUGUUUGUGGUACUUUGAGGAAGAGAUUAAAUUCAAAUACACUAAGUUCAUCAAGUCUCUAGAGCGUUUAUUGCUUUCGAACACAGUUGAUGCGUUUAAACGUAGAGCCCUGAGUAUUUUGACGCAAUUACUUAUCAAGAUUCCUGAAGGUCGUCCGCUUGCCCUGGCUAUUAUCAUCAACAAGCUCGGGGAUGGUAACAAGGCUUUCGCUUCCGCUGUGAUUCACAAACUAAGACUCAUAGUUGGCAAGAAGCCCCAACUGACGGGUGACGUUGUUGAGGAAAUUCGUUCUUUCUUAUUUCGCCCGAAUCUCUUAGAACGAGCGAAGUAUUAUGCUGUAGUGCUUUUGAGCUGCCUAGAGUUGAAGAAUAGUUGCUCCUCUGAAGGUGGAAAAAACUCCGCGGAAAUUGCCGUCGCAUUGAUUAAAGUUUAUGCCGCUUUCUUCCAUGCUGCUGUGAAAGCCUCUGAAAUACCCGAAAGACUAACAUUAGCUCUUUUGGCUGGAUUGGGGAGAGCUACACCUUUUGUUCCUG